UGUAAAGUUCAGGUGCUUUUGCUGUGCCAUGGACUAUGCACUGGAGGCGGCUGAGCUUGAAACAAGAUAGCAGUGUGAACAGGCAGCAAGCUGGUAAAGGAACAUCAAUUAAUCAUCAAUAAGAAUCAACAGAGCCUUGGAUUGCUGGAAGUGGAGCCAGAAUCUCCCGAGACACAACAUGCACCCGUGAAAGAGGGAUUGCUUAGCCACCUGAGAACAGAGCCCCAGCCAGAGUCAGGAUGAAAGCCCUGAUCCUCCGAAGCCUGUUUCUCUCUGCUCCUGCCCUGAUGGUUUUGAUUCUCAUGCUGAGCACUGAGACCAGCAGUGCCUGGAAGCAAGGUGCCCCUCGCCUUCGUCUCUCCUACAAAGACCUGCUGAGAUCAAACAGCUCCCACCUAUUGCUGGGUCCAGAAGAUGGGCUAGAGUUCCAGUCACUCCUAGUGGAUGAAGACAGGGCAUGGCUGAUGGUAGGAGCCAAAAACCACGUCUUCCUUCUGCAUCUGGACAGCCCAAGCAAACCGCCUCAGAAGAUGUUCUGGCCAGCCCCCAGAGAGCAGGUGGAGCACUGCAGACUUGCUGGGAAGAAUGCCGAGACAGAAUGUGCCAACUUCAUCCGCCUCCUCCAGCCAUUUAACCAGAGCCAUGUGUUUGCCUGUGCAACAGGCUCCUACCAGCCCAUCUGCACCUUCAUCCAGCUUGGAGAAAGGGAAAAGGAACUGGGGACCUCACCUAUGCAGCUGGUGGCCCACUCUAUGGAAUCUGGGCGAGGCAAAUGUCCGUACAGUCCCCAUGAACCCUUCACUGGGCUGCUUAUAGAUGGAGACCUCUACUCGGGCACCUCCAUCGACUUUAUGGGCAGUAGUGCUGCCUUCUUCCGAACCGGGGUUCACGGGGCUGACCAGAACUACAUCCGAACAGAACAGAACCAAGACCACUGGCUAAAUGAGCCUGUGUUCAUUGGGGCCUAUGCCAUUCCUGACACCUACAAUGCCCACGAUGACAAGGUGUACGUCUUCCUCCGUGAGAUAGCCCUGGAGGCUGGCCCGUGGGAGAGACGCCGCAUCCACGCCCGGGUAGCCCGGGUAUGCAAGAAUGACCUAGGUGGGAAACGCAGUCUGAUCAAUCGCUGGAGCACGUUCCUCAAAGCCCGGCUGGUCUGCUCCAUCCCGGGGCCCCAAGGCACUGAGACACACUUUGAUCAGCUAGAGGAUGUCUUCCUCCUCCAUACCCGAAACCCCCAGAGCCCUCUCAUCUUUGGCCUCUUCACUGUCUCCAGCGGGGUCUUCAGUGGCUCUGCUGUAUGUGUUUACUCCAUGGCUGCUGUGCGAGCUGCUUUCAAUGGGCCCUUUGCACACAAGGAAGGCUUUGACUACCGCUGGGUGGAGUACAAGGGGAGGAUCCCCUACCCCCGUCCAGGAACAUGCCCCAGCGAAACGUAUGACCCUCUUCUCCAGUCCACUAAGGACUUCCCCGAUGAUGUGAUCAGCUUCAUGCGCACCCACCAGCUGAUGUGGGAGCCUGUCUACCCGCUUCGCCACAAGCCCAUCCUAGUGAAAGUCAAUGUGCCCUAUCGGCUGCGGCAGCUGUUGGUGCACAGGCUGGAGACAGAGAACAGACACUACGACAUUCUCUUCCUCGGCACAGAUGAAGGCAAAGUGCUGAAGGUGGCUGUUGCCAGUGGGGGAGGCCAGGACAGCGAGGAGAUCAGCUUGGAGGAGAUCAGCAUCUCUAAGGUGCCCUUGCCCAUCCUGGACAUGCAGUUUUCGCUGAAGCGGCAGGAGCUUUUUGUGAGCAAUGCCCAUGGGCUGGUCCAGCUCUCCCUGCACCGCUGUGAGCUCUAUGGCAAGGCCUGCACCGACUGCUGCUUGGGCAGGGACCCCUACUGCACCUGGGAUGGCAAGGCUUGCAGCCCCCACCCGCUGAUUGAGAAGAGGCGAGCACGGUGCCAAGAUGUGCUGAAGGCUGAUCCAGCCAGCCAGUGCCAGGACACCACAGAGGGGCUCCCUGCAGCCGAGGAGAAGCUGGUGUUUGGGGUGGAGAACAACUCCACGUUCCUGGAGUGCGUGGCCCACUCUCCUCAGACGGCCACGCGGUGGCUCAUGCAGCACAGCAGGGCGGCAAUGCUGGAAGAGGUUAGGAAGAACGACCGCAUCUCCGUCCUCGAGCAGGGACUCCUGAUCCGCCAGCUGGCAAGAGAGGAUGCAGGGCUGUAUGAGUGCCAGGCGGUGGAGCGCUCCUUCUCCCACCCCCUUGCACGCUACACCCUCCGUGUCAUUGGGCACGAGGUGAUGGAGGCCCCACCUUCCAAGUGGAGCAAGGCCAUGGAGGCAGGAGGGAGCCACCAGAGUGCCAUGCCUGGCAUCGCAGGGCAGCUCCACUACAAGGGGUACCCACGGGCCCUGGGGCCACCAGGCACCAGCCUCAGUGAAUACUGCAGCGCUCUGCGGCACCAGGAGAGGCAGCGGCAAAAAGCCUGGAACCAGAAGUGGCAGCAGCACUCCCUGGAAGGCAAGAAAGGCAGGGUGCGCCGGCAUCCUGCCCCCCCCGAGCACAAGGAAGUGGCUUGAGACUGCUCUAAUCUUUGUGCCACAUGGGCUCAGGAGGGCAUGGAAGCCUCCCUCUCUCUCUAGUUGGCUGUGUCCCCAGAGUCCUUCUAAAUGCCCACCCUGCCUGCCACUACCAGCUCCAGAUGCUUGCUGAAAAACCUAAGGACUUGCUGUUGACUACCUCAGACAUGACUUUGCCCUUCUCCCUUCUUUCCCCGAGCCUGGGGGGGCUGGUGAAGACACCAGAAACACUGGGACAUCCACAGCCCCAUGGAACAGCCAAGUCUGGCAGUGAGUGAGUGCAGGGGACCCAGCCCCUGACCUGGAGCAGGCAGCUGGUUACAAAGCCUGCUGAGCAAGACUGACCUGACCAGGGGAUUGACAGUAUCUACAUACCAUGAAGUAUUUAUUCCCUGCAUUUUUCUCCUGUUGUUUUUCUUGAUUCUUCUUAAAAAUAAAUACUGGAGAGGAA